GUCAUAUUGAAAAUUAAUAAAACAAUUUACAAGGACCCAAACGACUGUAUUACAAUUCUCCAUCAUAACAUGCAUAUCCCUAUCAAUAUCAAUAUAUAGACACAAAUGUUUCUCGAACCAUGUGAAAAAUAAGUGUUAUAUAUACUCUAUCUACACCAGCAAGUUAAUUAAGCUACACAAAUCAGUUUUUGGUAGUUCUCUUCUUUCUAGAGUUAUAGUGGCCAUGGACGGAAAGAAAUUAGAAUACAAAGGUGAAGAAGCACUCAAGGAGAUAGAGAGGCUAACAAUGAAUGCUGAUGAGGUUCAAGAAAGUCUUUUGAAGCAGAUCUUAACUCAGAAUAAAGAAACUGAGUAUUUAAAAAAGUAUAUGAAGGAAGAAACAUUCAUAACUGAUUUACAAGAGUUUAAGCGCUGUGUUCCAGUAAUCAGUUAUGAAGGAAUCUUUCCAUAUAUACAAAGAAUUGCAAAUGGUGAAGAUUCUUCUCUCAUCACUGGUCAACCAAUAACAGAAAUGUUAUGCAGUUCAGGAACAUCAGCUGGAGAGCCUAAAUUGAUGCCAUCAAUUGCUGAGGAUCUUGAUCGUCGCACCUUUGUGUACAAUCUUAUCAUGCCAAUCAUGAAUCAAUAUGUUUCUGAUCUUGAUGAAGGCAAGGUUAUGUAUCUCUAUUUUGUGAAAGCAGAAAAAUCCACACCAUGUGGUUUACCAGCAAGAACUGUAUUAACAAGUUACUACAAAAGCAAACACUUCAAAUGCCGCACACACGAUCCUUGGAGCGAUUUCACAAGCCCUGACCAAACCAUUCUCUGCAAUGACAUCAACCAAAGCAUGCAUUGCCAACUCCUCUCGGGCCUAAUUCACCGCCACCAAGUACUAAGACUCGGUGCGGUCUUCGCUUCAGCUUUUCUUAGAGCAAUUUCAUUCCUCGAACGAAACUGGAGAGCUUUAUGCGAUGACAUAAGAAAUGGACAGCUGAGUUCCUUUAUAACAGACCCUUCUUGCCGUUCAUCGAUGUCGACACUACUCUCAUCACCUGAUCCAUGUCUCGCUGAUGAAAUAACAAAAAUUUGUAACCAAAAGUGUUGGAAGGGGAUUCUGUGUAAGCUUUGGCCUAAAGCAAAGUACAUUGAAGCUGUAGUUACAGGGUCUAUGGCUCAAUAUGUUCCUGCUUUGCAGCAUUAUUGUGAAGGGAAAUUGCCUUUGGUUUGUACUAUGUAUGCUUCUUCUGAGUGUUACUUUGGGGUGAAUUUGAAGCCUUUGUCUGAUCCUCAUGAUGUUGCUUUUACACUGUUGCCUAAUAUGGGUUACUAUGAAUUCAUUCCUCUUGGACAUAAUGGGAAACUGUUGAUGGAUUUUGAUGAAAAUGAAAAAGUCCCUAAUGAUAUGCUUGUGGAUUUAGUGAAUGUCAAACUUGGUUGCUUUUAUGAGCUGGUCAUCACUACAUUUGCUGGGCUAUAUAGAUACAGAAUUGGUGAUGUGCUUCAAGUGGUAGGAUAUUACAACAAAGCGCCACAAUUCCGAUUCAUAUGUCGAAGAAACGUAGUAAUAAGCAUCGACAGCGAAAAGACAAAUGAAGAGGACUUACACAGAAGUGUCACAAAAGCCAAAAAGCUAUUAGAGCCUUAUGAUGCUCUCUUAGUGGAAUACACUAGUUAUGCUGAUACUUCAUCACUACCAGGACACUACGUAUUGUACUGGGAGAUUCUUCAUUAUGGCACAAAAGAGGACCCACUUGACCCAAACGUGCUUCAAGAAUGUUGCAUUGCAGUUGAAGAGGAAUUGGAUUAUGUAUACAGAAGAUGCCGCACUAAUGACAAAUCUGUUGGAGCUUUAGAGAUACGGUUGGUGGAGCCAGGAACUUUUGAAGCAUUGAUGGAUUUGUUUAUUAGUAAAGGGGCUUCAAUUAAUCAGUACAAAACACCAAGGUGUGUUAAGUCUAAGAAAGCACUUAAGUUGCUUAAGUCUAAAGUUAUGGCUUCUUUCUUUAGUCCUAGAGAUCCUAAAUGGAGUGUUACUUGAAUUGGUUUUUUUUUUUUUUUGGGGGUUAAUGAUAACUUUGAUGUUUUCUUCAACCAUAAAGUUGGUUGUUGUAAAAUAGUUUGCUAUUGAUCAACCAAUUUGUGCUCAUCCUAGUUUUAAAAGAAAAACUGUGCAUGCCUACCUCAUCUAGAGUUGUAGAAGCAACUUUGAGAGUAUGAUAUUAGUGCAAAUGAAACGAUAACUAAUUAAGCGAAGUAAUUAAAUACAAGUCAAUUGUAAUACUAGGGAUCCUAAUCUUUCACAAAUAGUAAAAUAAAAUUACUACCAAUUAGUAGUCGAAGACGUAGACACAAUUGAUUGAAGUUCAUUAUUUGAAUUUAUCUUUUUGUUAGUCUUUUGUAUGAUUAGUGUUAUAACAAUUAGUACCAUAUGGCUCUAUUAUUCCUAGUGCAAUUUUAAGUGACAAGGUUCAAUGGAACGAACAAUUUUAAAUUAUGGUAAAGAAACGAUAAUGAUUUGUUACUUCAACAAAGUUUACAAAAAGUUGAUAUGUGAGAUGAAACA